AAUUAAAGGGUUAAGGCUUUCUAGAUCAUUGAAGAUAGGCCGACGUGACAAAGCAGAAGGUCAGACAAAAUACGCCCCUAUACUGCAACAUAUAUUGAUACCUGAGAAUUCAACCCAAGCCAGGAUUCCAAUGCUCAUGGCGACGCGGGGCUACUUUAGCUCGCAUAUAAAUCUAAAUAACGGAUCAUUACGCGCAUUUUUGGAACACGGACUGACUACCCCACCGCCUGAACGAAAGCGCAAGCACUCGCCGCUCUUGAAACACUGCCAGUCACAACCAAGCAGGCCAAGUGAAUUUCAAACGCGUCGAGGAAUGGAUGUAUGGGGUUGCAUGAAUGCAAGGCGUAGCAAGUUUGGUUUUGAUGCCUCACAAAACUACUGGUACAAGAUGCUCUGUGAGCUCAGCUUCUACAGAAGUUGGCGCAAGAGAGAAGAGUCCUUCACUUUCUAACCCUUCAGAAACAAAGGCGAAAGAAGGUCAACAAACUAACACCUGCUCACAACAUCCAGGCAUUAAUCCACCGGAUGAUGGAAAAAACAGCUCUAGGCCUCCAGCUACCAACAUUAGAGAUCUGUUUCUAUCAUUUGACAAAGUGCCAAUAGUUCUCAGCAGCAGUCAUGCAUCAGCAGCACAAAAAUCCACAUGCCUGGUUCAGGAUGGAGAUCGCUACAUAUUUUUAGUGGAGGACAACAAGACUUCUAGAGCUAGCUCACUCUGUCAGGGAUCUGGCACUAGGAAUACAAAGCCCUCUGAUGAAGAGUCAGAGAAUCCAGAGCAGGAUGAAGAAGGAGAAGAUACUGAAUUUUCAGAUGGAGGAUCUGAGGCAUCACUUGAAGAUGUGCGUCAGCAUCAUGGAAUAAUCAAGACUCAGAAACAAGAUGAUCCAGAUUAUUUGACAUUGUUUGAAGCUCAUCAGAGGAGAUUAGAGGAUGGUGGCUCACAAGCACCAGGUCAGGGGUACUAA